CUCCUUUGUGCGUGUCUAGACAUCAAACUCGAACUGCUCAACCAUCAAAAAGGUUGUCCUCUCGCUUGAAAUGCUCAUGAGGUGGAGAGCAGCAUUUAUCAAGAAGUCCCAUGAAGUCUAUUUUUGUUGAUGAUCACGAGCUUUUGCAUAAGGCACGAUAAAUGAUGUUCAUAUUUGCGUGUAGCUUUUUGUAUAUAGAGGAAAAGAAUUGGUCUUGAUGUAGAAUAUGUUAAUGAGCGUACCCCACCUUUUCCUCUACCAAGUUUGCCCUCUCCCACCAUAAAUACCCCCACCUUGGGCGUGUGCCCUCCCCACUCCUCUCUCAAACUCUUCUCUUCCUCUUCACUAGAUUUCGCAAUCGUCCCGAAUCAUACAAAACAACUUUCCAAUUGCAUCCCUCAUGGCCUCCAACCAUCCCUCUUCCUCUCUCAGUGACAUUAAGCUCACUCUCCCUAACCCUCGCAACACCGUCCCGACAUUGGAACUCGAGGGCCAGAAGGAGUUUGACUACUCGAAGCGGUCGCAGUGGCUGCGGGCAGCGGUCCUCGGGGCGAACGACGGGCUCGUGUCGACCGCGUCGCUCAUGAUGGGCGUCGGCGCGGUGAAACAGGACAUCAAGGCUAUGAUCCUGACUGGCUUUGCGGGCCUAGUGGCCGGGGCGUGUAGCAUGGCCAUAGGGGAGUUUGUGUCCGUGUACUCCCAACUGGACAUAGAGUUGGCCCAAAUGAAGAGGGACAAGGAAAGGGCCACCAAUGGACAAAUGGACAAAGAUGGAGAAGAAAAUGGUGAUAAUGGAAAGGAAAAUGGCUUGCCCAAUCCAUUGCAAGCUGCUUCAGCCUCAGCUCUCUCCUUCUCUGUAGGGGCCAUGGUGCCACUCCUGGCAGCCUCCUUCAUAAGGAGCUACAGGGCUAGGCUUGGGGCCGUGAUCGCGGCCGUCACUAUUGCACUAGUGGCAUUUGGGUGGAUCGGGGCAGUCCUGGGGAAGGCGCCAGUCGUGAGGUCAUCGCUUAGGGUGUUGAUCGGUGGCUGGUUGGCCAUGGCAAUUACCUAUGGGCUGACCAAACUGAUCGGCGUGAAUGCUCUCUGAAGAGCCCUUUUGACAUGGGGCAUCAAUAUGUGGGAGUUUCUUUCUUCACGUUGAAGUCAUGUCCUGUUAAUUACUUUUGCUUUGCUUUGUUCUGUUUUGAUUAGGGGCACUGUUGUAAUACAUAAAGUAAAAGCAGGGUCAAAGAGUUGGUCCAAGCGCUUACUUAAUUAGCAGAUUCUCCUAUUAUUCCCUUUUCUCAUA